CCGAGAAUCGGCCGGCGUGGCAUGCGGGGCGGGCUGCGGGGCCGGGAGGCGGCAGUGGCUUAGCAAGGGGCGCGGCGGUGACAGCGGCGGCUGUGAGAUACUUUGAUCAGUCAUCACAUCUCAGGAUGUUGAGUCAAGUUUACCGUUCUGGGUUCCAAACCUUCAACCAGCAUCUCCUGCCCUGGGUCCGAUCCACAGCUGUCUCCAGAUCUCAUCGUGUCCAGCCUUCAGCUAUCAGCCAUGUUCGUUCUUGGAGCAACAUCCCCUUUAUCACCGUCCCUCUCAGUCGUACACAUGGCAAGUCCUUUGCCCACCGCAGUGAGCUGAAACAUGCUAAGAGAAUCGUGGUGAAACUUGGAAGCGCCGUGGUGACCCGAGGGGAUGAGUGUGGCUUGGCACUGGGGCGCCUGGCAUCUAUUGUCGAGCAGGUGUCAGUGCUGCAGAAUCAGGGCCGAGAGAUGAUGCUGGUGACCAGUGGAGCAGUAGCCUUUGGCAAGCAACGCUUGCGCCAUGAGAUCCUUCUGUCUCAGAGCGUGCGGCAGGCCCUACACUCAGGGCAGAACCAGCUGAAGGAGAUGGCAAUUCCGGUCUUAGAGGCACGAGCCUGCGCAGCCGCCGGACAGAGUGGGCUGAUGGCCUUGUAUGAGGCCAUGUUUACUCAGUACAGCAUCUGUGCUGCCCAGAUUUUGGUGACCAAUCUAGAUUUCCAUGAUGAGCAAAAGCGCCGGAACCUCAAUGGGACACUUCAUGAGCUCCUCCGAAUGAACAUCGUGCCAAUUGUCAACACAAAUGAUGCUGUUGUACCCCCAGCUGAGCCCAAUAGUGACCUCCAGGGGGUAAAUGUCAUUAGUGUUAAAGAUAAUGAUAGCCUGGCUGCCCGUCUGGCCGUGGAAAUGAAAACUGACCUCUUGAUUGUUCUUUCAGAUGUAGAAGGCCUCUUUGACAGCCCCCCAGGGUCAGAUGAUGCAAAACUCAUUGAUAUCUUUUACCCUGGAGAUCAGCAGUCUGUGACUUUUGGAACCAAGUCUAGAGUGGGAAUGGGUGGCAUGGAAGCCAAGGUGAAGGCAGCCCUCUGGGCUUUGCAAGGUGGCACUUCCGUUGUUAUUGCCAACGGAACCCACCCAAAGGUGUCUGGACACGUCAUCACAGACAUUGUGGAAGGAAAGAAAGUUGGGACCUUCUUUUCAGAAGUCAAGCCUGCAGGUCCUACCAUUGAACAGCAGGGAGAAAUGGCUCGGUCUGGAGGAAGGAUGUUGGCCACUUUGGAACCUGAGCAGAGGGCAGAAAUUAUUCAUCAUCUGGCUGAUCUCCUGAUGGACCAGCGGGACGAGAUCCUGUUAGCUAACAAAAAAGACCUGGAGGAGGCAGAGGGGAGACUUGCAGCUCCUCUGCUGAAACGUUUGAGCCUCUCCACAUCUAAACUGAACAGUCUGGCCAUCGGUCUGCGGCAGAUUGCAGCCUCCUCACAGGACAGUGUGGGGCGUAUUUUGCGCCGGACCCGAAUUGCCAAAAACUUGGAACUAGAACAAGUGACUGUCCCCAUUGGAGUUCUACUGGUGAUCUUUGAGUCUCGCCCUGACUGUCUGCCCCAGGUGGCAGCCUUGGCUAUUGCAAGUGGUAAUGGCUUGUUACUCAAAGGGGGGAAAGAGGCCUCACACAGCAACCGGUUUCUUCAUCUUCUGACCCAGGAGGCCCUCUCUAUCCAUGGAGUCAAGGAGGCUGUACAGCUGGUGAAUACCAGAGAAGAAGUGGAAGAUCUUUGCCGCCUAGACAAAAUGAUAGAUCUGAUCAUCCCACGUGGCUCUUCCCAGCUGGUCAGAGACAUCCAGAAAGCGGCUAAGGGGAUUCCAGUGAUGGGACACAGUGAAGGGAUCUGCCACAUGUAUGUGGAUUCAGAGGCCAGUGUCGACAAGGUCACCAGACUUGUCAGAGACUCUAAAUGUGAAUAUCCAGCUGCCUGCAACGCUUUGGAGACUUUGCUAAUCCACCGAGAUCUGCUGAGAACACCAUUGUUUGACCAGAUCAUUGACAUGCUGAGAGUGGAGCAGGUGAAAAUUCAUGCAGGCCCCAAGUUUGCUUCCUAUCUGACCUUCAGCCCCUCCGAAGUGAAGUCGCUUCGAACUGAGUAUGGGGACCUGGAAUUGUGCAUUGAAGUGGUGGACAGUGUCCAGGAGGCCAUCGACCACAUCCACAAGUACGGCAGCUCCCACACGGAUGUCAUUGUCACAGAGAACGAGAAAACAGCAGAGUUCUUCCUCCAGCACGUAGAUAGUGCCUGUGUGUUCUGGAACGCCAGCACUCGCUUCUCUGAUGGUUACCGCUUCGGACUGGGAGCUGAAGUGGGAAUCAGUACAUCACGAAUCCAUGCCCGGGGACCAGUAGGACUUGAGGGACUCCUUACUACUAAGUGGUUGCUACGAGGACAGGACCACGUGGUGUCAGAUUUCUCAGAGCAUGGAAAUUUAAAAUACCUUCAUGAGAACCUCCCUGUUCCUCAGAGAAACACCAACUGAAAGCUUUCAGAGAAGAGCCAGGAAAAACCAGGAAUGAUCCAAGGGGUUUUCACAGUUAACGCUCGUCUUAAAUAAUCUUACGGGAUAAAGCAGGUCUUGUUUCUCAGUUCCUGGAAGAGCUUAGCUUUUGGGAAGUGCACCUAGAUGCUUCUGGGCUCAAUUUGGCAACAUUAGUCUUGGCUCAACACUCCACCCCUGGCCUUUUUUUUUUUUAGUAAGAAAAUAAUUGCUACAGGUAGGGGCUUUGCUUUGCCCAGUCCAAUUUCCUUUAGUGAUCAGAACAGAAAGGUGCGGUCUCCCCACAUAAAAGACAAUGGAAAAAUCAUGGCCACUUUUUACCUUCUUAUCACCUCAGUGAGGUAAAGUCUCCUUGGCAUUUGGUUGGUACUAGAGCCAGUGAUUUCUAAGAUUUUUUUACAUUUCAUUUCUUUCACACUCAGUCAUCUUCAAAAAGGAAAGAUUUGGAAUUUCAGAAGAAGGGCGGUUCUUUUUAGCAUUCUCAUCAGAAACAAUCACAAGAAUGGACUGAGUCAUUUCCGCUGUGAAGCUUGACUGUUGGUAUUUAUUUCUGGAGUGAAUAAGUAAGCAUUCCAGGUGCUUGCAGCCUCUCCUGGUUCCAGAGAGUCAGCGUUGUGGGUGAUCCAGGGGGUACUUGGAGUUGUAGACAGUGAGGUGCAAGCUUCCGGAUGCUCCCCACUUAGUGAAAGGAAUAUCAGCUGCAGUUAUGCUUGAAAUUUUUAUAUGAAUUAUUUAAUCAUCUUAUUCUCCUACCCCUUUCCCUCCAAAACAAAAAUUAUAGGAGUAUUUUAAUACUUUGUAAUCCCCCCUUUUUGAGAAAUAAAGUUCUU